UUUUUCUUGCAAAAAGACCAAAAAGCCCUUUGUUCACAAAAUCCCUAAUCAAUACAUUCACAAUACAAAUCGAAUUGUUCAGAGAAAGAAAAGAGAGAGGGAGGCGAUCGUCGUGAACCGAUCGUCGAUUGUGAAGAAGACGAAAAAGCUUGAGGUUUUGAACCGAUCGUCGUUGCCAGUACACAAUGUAAAAGAGUUUCAUCGGUGAGAAGUUGCUGUUACGGCUUCCAGUAUGGCUGCAUUUCCUUAUUUUGAUUUAAUCAUCAACUACAAAGGAAAAGUGGGAAGAGUGUUUGAUGUGGACCCAAAUAUGUAUUGCUACAUUGAUGCCUUGAAGGAUGUAACUGCAACAGUCCUGUCUCACAUUUCUUGUAGUGAAGCAAUAGCAAUCACAUUGCAUUGUGAUAUGCCUGGUACUGACAGAAGGAGAUUAGUAGAAAAUGAUCUUGAUGUGCUAGACAUGUUUUAUGUGCAAGGAAGGAGUAAAACAAUUAACUUGUAUGUAAACAUAGAAUAUUCUAUUGGAAUGAGUGAUGGUGGACAUAAAAGUAAUGUUGGAAAUGAAAAUCAUGGAGUAGAUGCUGUAGAUGUAGAGCAAGACUACCAUACUAUAGAUGUAGAUGAAGAGUACCAUCAGGACAAUGUUUAUGGGUUUAGUGAUGAGGAUAGGGAUUGGAAUGCAACUGCUGAGGAUGAAAACCAAUCAGAUGCCAAUGAGAUUUUGAGUGAUGAUGAUAAUGAGUGCUCAAGUGAUGAUGCUGAACUUAGUGAUUACCAAUCUGGUGAUGAUGAAGUGCCAUAUUCUAGUACUGAUGAUGAUUAUGAUGAUGAAGCAGACUGUCUAGAUGAUGAAGAGAUGAGGUUUCCAGGCAUGAAGUAUGAUGGUACCUACAAUGGGAAAAGAGCCAUAUAUGAAUCAAGAUGGAGAAGUUGUGUUGGAAGAAGGGAUGAUUUUUCCAGAAGUGAAUACUUUUAG